UGCAAUGGCUUUUUUCAGGUGAACGGUGAACUCAGUCAGUUAUUGGCUGAUAUGGCAGAGAACGAAGUAACGGCAGCAAUGGAGGAAGAAGAAAGAGCUAUUCAUGAACAGACAAGCAAAGAGCAACAGGAAAUGAUGCACAAGGUAAAACUAUGGUAUCAUAAUGUAUUAUCAGUUCAUAUGCAGGAAUUUACAUUGCAUAUCACCCAAAAAGCAAAAACAAACAUUUUUAAAGAGUAUGUGAACAAGUACCCAAAGUUCAUACUUAUUGCUGUGACUCAUAUCAACCUCGAAACACAAAAAUGUCAGGAGCAAGUGAAGGUUCAGCAAUACCCCCUUGAUGGCCUUGAUUGAUGAAUCAUUUAUUAUCAUUAUUGAAUGCAUUAUUGACCACAGGCUGAGCAGGAGUGGAACAGUAUUGAAGACAAGCAGAGAUUUCUAAGACUGCAGCAUUUAUUGGAAAAGUCCCACAUCUACUGCCAGUUUCUCUUGGAAAGGAUGGAAAGUCAGAAGAAGGAAACACAAAAACAGCAAGAAAGGUUGGCAAAGAAAUUGGAAAAGAAGGAGAAUAAAGAGCAGAAUACUUUUCAACAGGUACAUGUGAGGCAUAAUUUGCAAUUGCAGGUUGUGUAGCCCCUUUAUGUGGCUUCCAAGUGGCUGAACAUGACUGUGGUUGUCUUGUGUUUGCCCUAGGAAUAGAGGUAAAGCUUUAGUCUCCGAAGACAGAGAUGGCUGUUUCUGCAUGGUGGUUGUCUACAUUGAAACCACACUUUUGACAAUUAAACAUUAUCAAGUACCAAAAGUAUGCAUGGGUGGGAAGUAUCUGAUCAUGUAAAACAAUUAAACAUUUUUUUUCUUUUAAACUUUUUGCACUCGUAGGACAGUUAAAUUUAUGAAAACUUAACGUUGCGGCAGUAUGUUCUUUAUUUUUUCUUCCUGUUAAUCUGAUGUUUUACAUUAUUUUUUUUCAAGGUGCCACUGGCAGAGCCAAGGGUGACAAGAAGAGCAAGAAAAAAAUUAACAGGAAACACCAAUAGUCCUCAUACUGAUCAAACAGUACCUACAAAAGCAAAGCGAGGUACAAGAAGAAAGGCACAGGAGUCGUCAUCCUACAUGAUUUCUGAGUAUCUUGAUAGAGAGGUAAAUUUUUAUCAAAGAAGGCAAAUACUGUACACAUGGGGAUUGCCUUGCAUCAAGUUUUGAAAUUUUUGUUAUUUAUGAGACAUAAUUAUAAAUUCUACAAAUGAGUGGAAGAGGUUCAAAAUUUGUUACAGUUUGUACAUAAAAUUUUGAUAAUGCCGUGGUUUUUGUUUGCAGUCAUUAGCCAAAAGGCAGAAGUUGAUGGAAGAGGGGGACAUCAGAGAAAAAGCACAACUCACCAUGAAAUCCACCAGUGAGCCACAUGCAAUGCCACAAGUGAAUGGGGAACAACAA